CUGCCAAUACUGUACCCCUCUCCGCACCCGGCGGAUGGACACGGCUGAGACGGCCUUCCUCGAUUUUCCUCCCCGACCGCGGCCCGCCCACCUGCCAGCGCAUCCUCGGAGCGCCUCUGGCAUGGACCGCGCGCGGCGGUGGCGGCGGCGGGAGGCCGAAGCAGCAACCUUGAUUAUCCAUUACCUCCCUGGAUAAGUCUAACUUAUGGCACAUGAACAUACAAGCUUUUCCAGAUUGGGUGAAUUGCAUAAUAGAAAAGGCAACUGGACAACUGGAAAAUUGAACUUCCCAUUCUGUGAGGCUUGCCUUGGAGAAUAUAAUUUUAUCAGUAAUACAGUAUGUUUAUGUGGACAGUUCACAGAUAUACAUCUUUGUAAAAGACAAACUGGCUGCCAAAUAGCUACUAGGUUACCAAAAUCAGAACUAAAGUACUUGUCACUUUGUAAAUGCAAUUGUGAUUCUAGUAAAGAAAUACACAAGAGUGCUACAAGUGGAAUUCUGAGAGCUGGAAAUCAAAGAGUUCCAUAUCUGGCUAAAAGUAAUGACAGUACUGGAAGAUUAAUGGAGGCACUUUGCCUAGAGUUGAGAUCAGCUAACUUUGAGAUGAAUAAUAAAAAACUAUGCUUCAAAGUGUCUAAUCUAAAAGCAAGUAUUUCAGCUUCACUGGCUCAGAAUGACGGAUACACUGUAAAAGCUUUUCAUAGAAUACCACAGAGUUUGAGAAAGAGGCUUGUCUUGCUUCCUACUUUAUAUGGAAUAUCCACAAUUGAGAGACCUGUUUUUUCUAGGCAACAUGAGACACAGCAUUUUAAUUCAAAAGAUUGCUUACCACUGAAAUCCAACAAAGUACAUAAUUAUUUUCAGUUCCAACUUGAAUCAGAUACUUCUGAGCUUUCAAAGAAUUUUUUAGUUACUUCUUACAGGAUAUUAGCACAAGAAGAAACUGGGUUUAAUCUGUUUGGAAAGCUUCAAAAAGUUAUCUUGAGAGUGCUGUUACUGAUCAACAGCUGUUCUUACCUUCAUCAGACAAUAUUGCAAAAGAAAAAUACUCUCCAGCUGCAUAUCAUACCUUUUUAUCUUCUUCAGCCCUUCACAACUAUUGAUCAAGAGUUGUACAAGAAAAAAAGAAACCAGUUGAACAAUUUGGGGAGAAAACAUAGGUGGCAAGACCAGACAAUGAAUACAAAAGAAGAAUAUGAACACAGAAAAGAUAAGGAAAGCUACCUCUGUGCAGUUUGCUUGGAUAUCUACUUCAAUCCUUACAUGUGCUACCCAUGCCAUCAUAUUUUCUGUGAACCUUGCCUACGUAUGCUUGCCAAGGAUAAUCCAACUAGCACUCCAUGUCCUCUCUGCCGUACUGCAAUUACCCACGUUUUUUUCCAAUCAGACCUGAACAAUUCCACAGAAACUUUCUUUCCAAUGGAAUAUUCAAAAUUAAAGGAAAAUUUUCAAAAAUCAAAUUUAGCAAAUUGGCCUCUCCCUAGUUGCAAAAAAGUAUUCAGAGUUAUUGAUGGUUUUCAGAGUACAGACUCCUUCACACGAAGGCAUUUUCCACAUGCUGCUCACAGAAUGGAUUAUAUGGACUUUGAGGACGAUAGCCGUGGAUGGCGAUUUGACAUGGACAUGGUGAUCAUCUACAUUUAUGCCAUCAACUGGGUCUUGGGAUUUAUCGUGUUUUGUUUUCUUUGCUAUUUUUUCUUUCCUUUUUAAGGAUUUCUGUUCCCUAUAUUGUAUGUGAGUGGCAAGACAAAGAAAUAGACAAAUCUGGAUUAAAGAAUGCAGAUGGUAUACAAUCUCUGGUCUACUGUAUAACACUGAUAAAACUGCACAACAAUAAUUUACUUUGGUUUACUAAUUAUUAUUAUAUUUUGAAGUUAAAAAAUAUUUGCAUAUUAAAAAUGUUAGAUUGCUUUUUCUAAUACCUGUUAAGAUGACAUGGUGCUUUGAGUCCAUAAUUGCAAUUUGUACAUAAACUUGGGCAGGUUCAUGAGAGUAUUCAUAAAGCAGAUAAACUUUACUGAUUAGCUUCAACUACUACCUGGUAUGUAUAAAAUACAUAUACAAACUAUCACCUCACACUUAAUGGUUUCUGUAGAUAUAGUUCACAUUAAAUGCUUACAUUCGGUUAAAACAUUUUUUCUCAUCAACUUUGGAAUUCAGUGUGAUAUUUUUAUAUCCGUGCUUAUUGAAUAUAAUGGUCAUGUUGAAUCUAGCUUUCCACCUCUUGAAAUCAUUUCAGGAGUUUCAUGAGAGAUUUUUUAAAUAGUAAAAUGUGUUAUGUACUUUAAGAUAUAUGGUAUAUGACUUGGGAGAAAUUUGUUAGAGAAAUGUGUAUAGUGCCUAUGGUGGUCAGUUUUUAAGCAGAGACAAUUUAGCUGCCUUUUUAUUUGUGGAUGUCUAUCAAAUUACUCAAAAGACUCGUUGGUUUGCCUUAUUGAUCAGCAGUAUUUAUGUUAAGAGCUGACAUUAAAGAAACAAAAAUCAAAUUUUCAAUUUUCUACCUAUGUAUAUAGAAUAAUUGAGGAAGGAAGGAGCACUUUAUUCUAAUUUUAUCUAGUUUUAGUUAAAAUCUGUAUAUUUUGUUGUAUCUAAUGUUUUGUGAUCCUUAACCCAAUUUCCCCGAAUUUGGGAAGAUGAGAGGAAAAGAGAGAGAAAAGAGAUGGCCAGAAAGAGAAACUCAGAAGCACCUUUGAUCCAUGUUGCUGAAAAUAUCUGAUCCCUGGCUCUUAUAUGAUGUUCCUAUAAAUUCUGUUUGUAAGAAACCUUGAACUUCUGACCUCUUGGCUAACUAACAACCUUGACCUGGCUCUUGGAACUCUGGCUUGUAUUUGGACUAUUCUUCUGUGUGCUCCUAUUGAAAACUAACUCUUCAAGUAAGCUUCUGUUUUGUUUACAUUCUUCGUUUGCUGUUUAUCUCUUCAGCUUUGAAGUAAAAUUGCUAAUCUCCAUAGCAAUCACAUUUAAGUAUGUGUGAUUGAAACCUAAAGCAAGGUGCAAGAUUACAGUCUGACUCAAAAGUUGAAACCAGAAGUUAGUGAAAAUCAGCGGGAAAAUCAGCAGGAGUCUACGUUUCUGGGGAAAGCUUAAAUUUAGGAUUAUGGACCAGUUUUUCUCCAGGAGUCAUCAACUUCUUUCACUUCUGGAACAGUUUCCAUCCCCCCAAAUGCUA